AUGUCACAACCACCACCACGAAGCACUUCGACUGGAGUAGCGUCGCGAUUGAGCACCAUUCCCUCGCAAAAACCACGACAGCUAUCCCACCUCCACUCGCAACUCGCCCAACUGACGGCACAUAUGUCGGAUCUGGAAAACCUGCUUCGCAUGACCUCGAUUCAAGCGGAGAGCAUGCGUGGGUUGGGCGCCUAUUCGGGUGCGAUGUUUAUGGCCGCUAGUAAAGUGUUGGGUGAGGAGACUAUGAGUGACUCCAACAAUGCUGCGCAGUCUUCACAGAACGAGUCCCAGAGACACGGCGAUUGA